GGGAGGCGUCCCACGAUGGGUCUCUUCCGUGCCUCGUCCUCGCCGCGACGGCCGGCGAAAUUGAAGAGAGAGAUGCCGGGAAGCGUGGCGCCGUUGGAUGUGGCCGGAGUGACGAUACCGCACCACUUCCGGUGUCCGAUCUCGCUUGAGCUGAUGCGGGAUCCGGUGACGGUGUGCACGGGGCAGACGUACGACCGGCCGAGCAUCGAGUCGUGGGUGGCGAUCGGGAACACGACGUGUCCAGUCAGCCGGGUACCUCUCGCCGACUUCACCCUCAUCCCCAACCAUACCCUCCGCCGGCUUAUCCAGGACUGGUGCGUCGCUCACCGCUCCCAUGGGGUGGAACGCAUCCCCACCCCCAAGCAGCCGGCCGACCCACCCCUCGUCCGGUCGCUCGUCGCCUCCGCCAGCUCCGGAUCUGUCGCCUCACGCGUCGCCGCGCUCUGCCGUCUCCGUGCACUGGCGAGGGAGUCGGAGAAGAACCGCGCGGUGAUAUCCACCCACGAGACGCGAUCGGCCCUCGUUGAGAUUGCGUUUGAGGGAGAGGAGGAACUUAGGUUGUCGGACGCCGCAGACCAACCGGCCUUGGAAGCUAUGGCGGUGCUGUCCGUUCUUCCUCUGUCCGAUGCAGAGAGCACGGCAGUGGCGUCACGGCCAGAGCGACUCCGCCGGCUAGGGGAGAUGUUACGUGAGCAUCCGUCGAUGGACGCGCGGAUCAACGCAGCGGCGGUGAUCGAAGCAGUAGCUGCAGGAGCUCGAUCGACGGAGUUCAGGGCUGCGGUUGGGGCGACCGAAGGAGUAAUGGAAGGAUUGGUGGCUUUGGUGGAGCAGCGAGGGAACCCGCGUGCGGUGCGGGUGGGGAUCCGUGGUCUGUUUGCUCUGUGCCUAGCGAAGGAAAAUAGAUUCCGAGCGGUGGCCGCAGGCGCUGCUGCAGCAGUCGUGGGAAGGGUGGGUGAGCUGCCAUCCAGUGAUGCAGAGCGGGCAUUGGCCGCGGUGGAGCUUCUUUGCCGGUGGGAGGGCGGUAGGGAAGCAGUGGUGGAAGGAUGGGGAGGAGGGGCAGCUGCGGUUGCUUCGCUGGUGAGGGCGAUGGCUGGGAAAGCAUCAGGGAGAGCGGCGGAGCACGCGGCGGGAGCUCUGGUAGCUGUGCUUGGGAAUUCGGAGGCGCUGCAAAUGGAGGCGGUGGCCGCCGGCGUGGUGAGCCACCUUAUACUGUUGGUGCAAGGUGGGUGCUCAGAGAGGGCCAAAAGGAAGGCGCAGCUUCUACUAAAGCUUAUCCGCUCUGCUUUACCAUUACACGACUCCGUCGCCAACUCCGACGACUACCUCCAGCCAUUCUGAAAAAAGAAAGAAACAUAAAAAAUAAAAAUAAAAAACUCCCUAACCUUUGCGAUUCCUGCUCUUCCAGUAUGUAACACUGUCUAAAAAUAACGAUAUAUGAUUUAUUAUCUGCU